CUGGUCUCCAAGGUCUCUGUCCCCCUCCAGGCUCAGUGCGAUCUACGGGGGCACCUACAUGCUCAACAAGCCCGUGGACGAGAUCGUGAUGGAGAAUGGCCGGGUCGUGGGGGUCCGAUCGGAAGGGGAGGUGGCGCGGUGCAAACAGCUGAUCUGCGACCCCAGCUACGUGCCAGAGCGAGUCCACGGGGCCGGGCGGGUCGUCCGGGUCAUCUGCAUCCUGAGCCACCCCAUCCACGGCACCAGCGAGGCCGGUUCCUGCCAGAUCAUCCUGCCACAGAACCAGCUGGGACGCAAGUCGGAUAUCUACGUCUGUCUGGUUUCCUGGGCCCACAACGUGGCCGCGCCCGGGAAGUUCAUCGCCAUUGUCAGCACCACGGUGGAAACGUCGGAGCCAGAGCGGGAGGUGGAGCCGGCGCUGCAGCUGCUGGAGCCCAUCGACCAGAAGUUUGUGGCCAUCAGUGACUUGUACGAGCCCAUGGACGAUGGCACGGAGAGCCAGGUGAGCGCCCCUGCAGGGAAUUCCCAUCCCCCCCCUUGUGGGACGUCCCAUCUUCCCCCCUCUGAGGGGGGCCGGGGGAGGGCG